GAGAGGACGAGGGAAGGGAAGGGGGAGGUAGACAGACUGCGUGUGAGUAUGUGUUUGAGAGAAAGAGGGUGAGUGAGGGAGGGAGGGAAAGAGCGAACCAGUCGCUUUCAAAAAUGGCGUCUUCAGAACAAAAUGACUGAAAAUAUAUUUUAAACUGAGGCCUAACGCUGAAGCCUUGUAUCUGGAUUUUUACCAUCGGUCUUGGAGCCUCGCUGUGACGCAUAUCGUUGUAUAUCCUUUUCGGAGGACAGGAAAAGAAAAAGAUCACGAAACUGCAAAAAGACACCAACCAGUCAUAUUUUGAUGCGUCGACAGAGCUAGCUCGCUAGCUAGCCACCAACCAAUUUCAGUAGAAGGGAGGGGUAUGCUUGCUGUUGGCUAGGGAGCUACCUAGCUGGUUAGCGAAGCCUACAAAAGAAAUAAUUCGAGAAAGGAAUAUAUAUUUUCUAACGACACUCGUACCCCUCCGUUUGCGACCAUUGCGAUUCUUAAGAGAAAGGGGAGGAGAGACUGGUGAAAGGACAAGACGUGAAUAAUCAUAUCUGUGCAUCAGCAUUUUAGCUACAAGGGAUAAGCUACAGCAAUGGAGUUCAACUGCUGCUUCUCCUGAAAAGGACAAUAGCUAGCUAGAUAUUGAAAGAAAUACGGGAGAGGGGAGGGAAGGAAGAAAAAGAAUUUUUUGGUGGUGGUUGGUGUGACUCCCCUCAUAUUCCCCCUCCUCCCCUCUCUAUCCUCCACCCCCUCCUCCUUCUCCUCCCCUCCAUUUCUCUCCCUCUCUCUGUGCCGUUUCUCAUUCUUGAAGAUUAAGCCUGUGAAACGGGAGAAAUAGCUAAAUAUAAUACAGAAAGGAAGAAAAUAUUGAGGCCGAGAUAGUGUGCUACAAUUCAGAAUAUUUCUCCCUCCCCGCCCCCCACUAUCACUCCAUCUUCAUCCUUCAUUUUUUUAAUGGAUAGAAAUUAUCCUGGUACAGGAUUUGGUGAUUUGGGCGCAGGAACGGGAUGGAGUUACGAGAGGUCGGCAAAGGCAAGUCUGGUGUAUGGGAGCUCCAGAUCAUCCCACCCAGACUCAGAGCUUCUCCAUCGCCAGGCCUAUGCCACACCCCAUCCCCUGCAGGGCUAUGCAACCAAUCACCACCCAGCCAGUUCUGGACAGGGUGGAGCCUGGGGAGCUGCUGGGCGGAGUUUAGGUCUGUCCGGGCUGUUUGACACUGGACUGCACCAUGCCAGCCCAUCUGCUCCGGAUGCUUCAGUCAUGAACCUGAUCUCAGCUCUGGAGUCCAGAGGUCCUCAGCCCCCCCCAUCGGCCUCUUCCCUCCUCUCGCAGUUCCGUACCCCUUCUUGGCAGACAGCCAUGCACCCUCCAGCCCCAACUGAGCUCUUUAUAUCCGGCGCCCUCCCCGGGUCAGGCACCUUCCCCUCCUCCUCCGCCCUGUCGGCCUAUCAGCACCCCGCGUCAUUUUCAGGGCGGUCCUUCCCGGGGGUCGCCCCGUCUCUGUCCCUUCAGGACACGCCCACGUUCAGCCCCACCUCCAACGGCCUCCUGUCCCCUCACGACCCCCUGCUGCACAUCAAGACGCCCUCCCAGUCCAGCCUGGGCUUCGACCGGCUGCUCUCCUCGCAGGGCGCGGCCUACCGGAGCGGGCAGGACCCCGGGGGGCCGCCCCCGCCCCAGGCCCCCACCACGUCCUCCGCUCGCCACCUGCCCCCCCAUCAGUUCAAUCUCCUCUCCUCCCAGCUCCAGGACCAGUCCUCCCAGCUGUACAACGCCUCCGUGUUCUCCUCGGCCCCCGCCCCGCCCCAGCCGCCCCCCCAGGAGAGGGCCAUCCCCAGGCAGGACAGCGUGAUCAAGCACUACCAGCGCCCGUCGCCCUCGCAGUCGCAGCUGUCGUCCACGGCGGCCCACUCCCUGCAGCACUACCUCAGCUGCGGCGCGUCGGGGUACCAGCAGAUCGCCCACCACAGGCACGCCGGGGUCUCCUGCAGCCCCCUGGGGGACCAGAGCCCUUCGUCCGACCCCAAACCUUCCCCCAGGGCGGAUCAAGUGUACCGGCCCAUCAUCCAGCCGGCGUACACCUCCUCCGCCGCCUCCUCUUCCUCGGGGGGCGCGGGCAAGGGGGCGAAGAGCAGCUCCAGCAGCGGCUAUUCCUCCUCCGGCUCGGGCUCCUCGUCCCGGACUCCGCACACGCCCCCCUCGGCGUCCUCCACGUCCUCUUCCUCCUCCUCCUCGUCCUCGGCCUCGGGCGCUCACCCCUCCGGCUCCAACCCGGCCUCCGGCUCCUCCUCCGCUCCCUCCCGGCAGCAGCCUCCACCCCAGUCCGCCCCGCCUCCGCCGCCACCGCCGCCCCCGCCCACAUCCUCCGCGUCCGCCCAGCAGGCCCCCCCCAAGCCCUGCCUGUCGGGCUACGGCUCCCCCGUCGCCCCGGUCAAGCCCUCCCCCGGGCUUUCGGGCCAGACCCCGCCCCAGCAGCAGCCCCAGUCCUAUUCCCCCAGCCAGCCCCCUCCCUCGCACCUCUCGCAGCCGUACGGGGGCUUCAACUCCCCCCAGGCGCAGGAUUUGAGCGCGGGGGGAGGCGCCGGCUCGGGGAAAGGCUACGGGAGCUUGGGGGCAGGUGGGCAGUCGUUCUCGGCGGAGGUGGUUUACGGGGGAGAUUCGGGGUACGGGUCGCUGCCUGCGUCUCUCGGAGGAGCGGGGAGCCCCUCUCUGGGGUACGGCGGCCCCGGUCACUCCCCUGCACUUUUGGGGUCAGGAGGGGGUGGAGGUUCAGCGGGGGGCAGUACGGGGUCCGCGGGGGGCAGCGGCGGUGGCGGCGGAGGCAGCGGCGGUUCGGGAGGAGGUGGUAGCAGCGUGGGGAGCGGAGGAGGAGGGAGCUCUUACCACCUCCCCGACUCCAGCCCCUCCCCUUCAGGCUCCGGCAUCAUUCGCCCGGGGCUGCACUCUCCUGCCCCCGCCCGGCCCGCCCAGUCCCCCGGCGGAGCCGGGGGCAACAAGUACCUCUCCUCCGUCCUCUCCCCCGCCUUCCUGUCCUCCCCACAAGGGUACCCCGACACGCGAGGGCCGCCCCAGUCCUACCACCCCACCCCGCCCAAAUCCAAGCCGGGCUCCGACAUGCUGGGGGUGGAGAGGUCCCAGGACGAGGACGAAGACGACGACGACGACUUCCUCAUCCAGCACCUCCUGCAGGCGCAGAGCCCCGCCCCCCACCCUUCCCAGCACCACCCGCAGCAGCAGCAGCAGCAGCAGCAGCAGCAGCAGCAGUCCCAGCAGCCCCAGCCGCAGUCCCAGGACGGGGGCAAGGGCCUGGCCUACGAGCUGAGCAAGAGCUCCGAGGAGAGGUACCACCUCCAGAGCGUCAUCCGCACCAACAACGCCACCUCCAGCGCCGGGGCGGGCGCCGGCGGAGCCGGGGCUGCCGGGGGAGGGCCGGGAAGCGGCCUGGACGGCCAGCUGGAGAUGUCCUUGAAGAAGCAGCAGCAGCAGCAGCAGAAGAACGAGCGGGCCGGGACAGGGGGAGGAGGCGGAGGAGGAGGAGGGAGGGGCAGCGCGGAGCAGACGCACCCCCACCCGCACCCUCACCCCCACCCGCACCACCACGACUCCCUCGGGUCCGUGGUGCACUACAGCCGGGGGGACCCCUAUUCCCAGCACCCCCUCUCCCAGCACCAGUCGCACCCCCACCCCCACGCCCACUCCCACUCUCACCUGGAGCUCCAGAAGAAGCCCCAGGAUCCCACCGACCUGCCCUACCUGCGCAAAACCCCCGACCUGCAGCAGCAGCAGCAGCAGCAGCAGCAGCAGCAGUCCCAGGCCGCUCUCUCCAUCCUGGACUCGCCCACCGACGCCCCCCGCCAGCCCCCGCAGGCCCACCUGCUCCAGUCCGUGCUGUCCCACACCACCCGCAAUAAGAUGGACUCGCAAGCCCAGCAGCAGCACUCCAUGAGUCAGCAGGCGGCCAUGAUGGGCGGAGCCGGGGGAGGUGGGGGCGGGGCGUCGGGGGAGAGCCAGACCCAGUCCUCUCAGCUGCAGCUCCAGCUCCAGUCCCAGGCUCUGGAGGCCCACUACGGCCGCGGGGCCCAGCAGGACCAGGGCCAGUCCGGCCAGAACUCCGUCUCCCCGCUGGACAUGCUGGAGCACUCCCUCUCCCAGAACGCCCGCGGGGAGGGGGCGGGAACCGGGGAGAGGGGCGGGGGAGGAGGUGGAGGUGGAGGGAGCGGCGACCGCCACGGCCAGCAGCAGCAGCAGCAGCAGCACAGGCUCCCGCCCCACCACCCGGCCCAUCACCCGCCGCACACCGCCUCGGAGCUGCACGACUUCCUCUCCGAGCCGGGCCUGGGCUUGUCCACGCCCUCCCACAUGCACCACAUCGCCCCGCACCACCCGCACCCCCACCCUCACUCCCAUCACCAGCACUCCCACUCUCACCACCCGCACUCCCACCCGCACUCGCACCCUCACCCCCAUCACAUGGCCCCGCCGCCCAGCUCUGGCCCUCCCCAGCAGCAGCAGCAGCAGCAGCAGCAGAGGGAGCAGGAACCCCACCCUUCUCAGCUCUCCCAGUCCCAGCUGGAUCAGCUCAAAGAGCACCAGUUUGACACCGGGAGCCCCGUGGGCAAAGCCGGACAGGGCCAGCAGCAGAGAUUCGUGCCCCUGACGUCCAUCUGCUUCCCCGACUCGCUCCUGCCAGACGAAGACCGCUCCUUCUUCCCGGGCAUGGAGGACAUGUUCUGCUCUGAGGAUUACAAGUCCAGCUGCAGCGGGGGCGGAGGGGCGGGGCAGGCUGGACAGGAAGGUGUUUCGGAGGGACGCAGGGGUCAGGAGGCCAUGGAAGGGGUGAAGACGGCCGGAGCUGGUGGCGGAGGCAGUUACGACAUGAUGGGGCACCACGGCGACCAAGGCUACGGGCAGUACUGCCACGCCCUGUCAGAGUCGGGCAACGGCUCCAUGCACUUGGACCUGGACUCUCUGAAGGCCCAUGAGCUCCCUUCCACCGUCAACACGGAGCAGCUGGGCCUGAUCCAGUCCCAGAGCUCCGGCAUGGGGCUAGGGGGCACCGGCGAUGGCUCCGCAAACAAGAUGCUGGGAGGGACGGGGAUCGGAGGAGGCCCCGCGCCGGGCGGCCUUACCUCCCCCAUCUUCUGCUCCUCCCGCCCCAAGAAGCUCCUGAAGACCAGCUCCUUCCACCUGCUGAAACAGAGGCGGGACCCCAACUCGCUGCCCAAGAAAAGCUACGCGCAGGAAUACGAGUUCGAAGACGACGAGGACAAAGCGGACGUGCCGGCCGACAUCCGGCUGAACAGUCGGAGGCUCCCGGACCUGCUCCCUGAUCUGGUGUCCAGCUGCAGGAAGUCGGGCGCGGGCGUGCCGGGCGGCGGGGCCCUGAGCCCCUUGAUGGGAGACCUGGACUUCUGUCACUCGUCCGGGUACCCCUCCCUCGGUCCCUCUCCGCAGCUGCUGCCCCAGGACGGGCCCAAGAAGAGGGGCAGGAAACCCACCAAGCCAAAACGAGAGGGGCCCCCGAGGCCCAGGGGCAGGCCCCGCAUUCGCCCCUUGCCGGAGCCGCACCACUCCCGGGGCAUGAUGGGAGCGUACGGGGCGGGGAUGGGAGGAGAGAGCCGCAGGGGCAGGGGAAGGGGCAGAGGGCGGGGCAAGAGGGAGGAUAUGAUGAUGGACGUGGUGAAUAAAACCCAAAACCAGCAUCAUCAACUGCAACACAUACAACAGCAGCAGCAACAGCAACCGCCACUACAGCAGCACCAACAACAUCAACACCAACACCAACACCAACAGCAACCGCAGCAACAGCUGCAGCAGCCGCAGCAGCCGCAGCAACAGCAGCAAUUACAUCACCAACCCCAACAGCACCAGGAGCCCAUAAGACCUAUUAAGAUCAAGCUACCCAUCCCCUCCAUGCCCUCUUCCGAUGCCCUCUUGAGGACGGACUCCCUUUCUGGAACCGAUCCGGUUCUGUCCGACGGCUCUGUUGGAUCGGCACCAUCUCUAGGUCUGAGCCCCGGGCCCACGAGUGGAAUGGAGAUUAACCGAAACCAAGAGAAGGUCAAGCAGAAAGGCCAGGAGGUGGAUGAGAAAGAGCCAGAGAUGAAAUCUGGGUUCAUGGCCUCGUUCUUGGACUUUCUGAAAUCGGGGAAAAGACCAGCGGGACAGGGGGUGCCCCCAGGGGCAACAGGAGGGCCAGGAGGCGGCAGUGCCUCCCCCAGCAAAUCCGGGAUCCGACCUUUGUCUCCACCCCCGCCGCCACCUCCCCCGCCUCCCCCUCCACCAUUUGGGGACGGAGAAGGGGACGGAGGGUUAGCCCUCGGGAACUGCCCCAGCCCCUGCAAGAGGCUGGACGAAGAACUGAAGAGGAACCUGGAGACCCUGCCUUCCUUCUCCUCGGACGAAGAGGACUCGGUCAGCAAGAACCAGGAUCUGCAGAAGAGCAUCUCCUCGGCCAUCUCUGCCCUCUACGACACGCCCCAACCCCCGCCUCCCCUCCCACCCCCGUCACACCAAGCCCUGCCCGCCCAGCAGCCGCCUCCUCUCAGCCCGCAGCCGCCCCCCCACGUUCACCCCCAGUCCCCCGAGCCCGCGGAGCUGGAGAGGCAGGCAGAGCCGGAGGAGGAAGCGGAGGCGGAAGCGGAGGAAGAGGAAGAGAGGAGGGAAGAGGAGGGGGACGAGGAGGAGGAGGAAGAGGAGGAAAACGAUGAACCGAGGGCACAGCAGUUGGAAAUGUUAGAUGCCCCAAAUGUUGAUGUAUCCCCGGAGGAGCCUCCUCCAGCACUGGCACCUCCCUCCCCUCCCUCCCCUCCCUCACCUUCCCCAUCUCCUCCUCCCUCCUCCUCUCCAUCCCCCCCUCCUCUGCCCCCUCUUUCCCUUCCCUCUCCCCUGCCCCCGCAGGAAGAGCAGCCCCACCAACAGCAGUCCCCGCCCCCCAGCCCUCUUCCUCCUUCACUUCCAUCCCCAUCUCCUCCUCCUCCGACUCUCCCUCCAUCCUCCACCCCUCCUCCGUCUUCCUCCCCUCCCUCUGCCCUGCCCCCUGAAAUUCCCCAGCCUUCCCCUCCAUCCCCACCUACUCCAGAGGAUGCGCCUGCCCCCCAGAUCACUGCUCUGCACUUGGCCAAGAAGCAAACGAAUGCAGCCAUCGCUGGGGAGAGUGAAGAGGAGGACAGCGAGAGUGGCGGCGAAGGCAUAUUCCGGGAGAGGGACGAGUUUGUGGUGCGAACAGAAGACAUUGGUACUCUGAAGCUGGCCCUGCAGACAGGCCGGGAGCCCCCCCCAAUCUGGAGGGUGCAGAAAGCCCUGCUGCAGAAAUUCACCCCCGAGAUCAAGGACGGACAGAGGCAGUUCUGUGCUACAAGCAAUUAUCUGGGGUACUUUGGAGAUGCGAAGACACGAUACCAGCGCCUGUACGUCAAGUUCCUUGAGAACGUCAAUAAAAAGGACUAUGUGAGGGUGUGCUCACGAAAGCCUUGGCACAGACCCGCACUAACACUGAGGCGGCAGUCCCUGCCCAAACCGACGGCCCCUCCUCGUAGCCAGACCCCACCCCGCGUAGAGAGGGAGGAGAAAGAGCGAGAGAGGCAGAGGGAGCGAGAGCAGCGCGAACAGCGAGAACGGGAGAGGGAAAAAGAGCAGCGGAACAAAGAGCAGCGAGAGAAGGAGAAAGAGAAGGAGAGGGAAAAGGAAAAAGAGAAGGAAAGGAAACCGCAGCCGCCUCACGAGAAGCUGGAGAAGCGAGGUGUGGAGAAAGGCAAGGGGAGGGAGGAGAGGAGAGGUGGAGGGGAGAGGAAAGCGGAGCGCGCCCCCAAGGCCAGGCCCGUGAAGGUGAAGGCGGAGCCCCCACCCAAGAAGAGGAAGAAGUGGCUGAAGGAGGUCCCGUCCUCGUCGGAGUCCGAGUCCUCUCCGGACCCCCCCAGCGAGGAUGAGAUGCCGGUCCGUGGAGGAGCGAACAGCCGUGCCAUGAGGGAGAUGUUCCGCAGCUAUGUGGAGAUGCUGGUCAGCACUGCACUGGACCCUGACAUGAUUCAGGCCCUGGAGGACACCCACGAUGAGUUGUACCUCCCUCCAAUGAGGAAGAUUGACGGCAUCCUUAAUGAGCAGAAGAGGAGGUUGCUAAGGAGAGUUAGCAUGAGCUCCCAACACCAGGAGGCGCUUCACGCCUUCCCUCAGAUGACGGCGGACCCCCUGGAUUCGGGGGCAGUGAAGGUGCGGCUCAGCGGGGAAGGAUACAAUCGCAAAACCCUGAACAGGGUCAAGAGGAGUCUGCCCAAGCAGCAGGAUUUUAAAUUGGCAACGGAAACAUGUCGUCUCUACAGUCUUUAUCACUCGCUCCAUCAUUAUAAAUAUCACACCUUUCUUCAUUGCAAGAGGGAGACGGACAGCAUUGAGCAGGCAGCUGAGGAUCCUGGUCAGGAGGAGGUUGUGCAGCAGUGUAUGGCUAACCAGGGCUGGCUGGAGACGCUGUUCAACUCCUUCAUUGAACUACUGGCCCUCAGUGCAAAAGCCUGAGAGCUAGAGGAGGGAAUAAAAGUGAGAGGAAGAAAAUGAACUUGUGGUACAGAGAAUUGGGAGAGUGAUGAAAAGUACAAAGUGUGGUUAGCUCUCAGGGUCCAGGAUGGGCAACUCCAUUCCACAGGGGGCCAGUGGGAAUGGGCUAAAAACACGGAUGCCUUUCGGUCACCCGCUGGUGAAAGCUCUGUCAGGGAGAACAGCUGACCGUGUGACUUCCCCUCUGUGAGGAUUCGCUGAAGGAUGUGAGGGAAUGGCGUUGCUCAGGCCUGGUCUAGGUCUACUGUUAGUGUGUGGCACGUACUCAGGCCUGCCACGAGAAAGGGGAGGGACCUCAGGCGCAGUAUUACAAGACUGAGCCAGAUGUCAGGUCAGGCUACACGGACUGAGAGGGAACUCGUUGAACGAAUCUGACUUGGACAGUGAUAGGAGAGUCUGUUACGAUUUGAUUUAAUAUAAUUUAUUUUUAUUUUUUGUGCAAAAAUUAUAACAGUAUCCACUUUUGAAGAGUAUUAGAGACCAUAGAAACCAGAGUAAAAGGUGACAGUGCCACUGGAGUGUGAGAGAGCUGGAGAGUGUGUUGGUGAAACACAGACUUGGACCUGGUAAAGCUGAAAGAAGAGAGAGGUGUUUAUGCAGUUCAGUGCUACAGGCAGUGUCGGUGAGCUGUGUGAUCUACAUAUAUAUAUAUAAUAAUUAUUAUUUUUAUUAUUUAUACAAAAACAUUUUUAACAAGUACCCGCACAAGCUGGGAUAGUUUGUUAUUGCUAUUUUAAAUAACAUUUUGUUAGGGUAAAAUGAAAAUGCCUACCCACACUCCCUUGUUCUCUUUCCAUUUCACCAUAUGUGAAAGAAAGGAGGAAGGGAUAAGAAGAAAUAUGUUGUCCUUUUUUGUCUGUUUAAAAAGAGAGGGAGAAAUGUAUUUAAAACUAAAAAGUAGUAUUUCUGUUCCUUCAAAACAAUGAAAGGGUAGAGAAAAGAAAAAAUCUUAAGACAUUCAUUUUCUAAAAGGAAGGGGGAUUAUAGAGAUGUAAUAAAGGAAGAUGUGUUAACAGUUCUUUUGUUUUUAUCUGUUUGUUGUUUGUUGUUUAUUGUAAUUAUUAUAAUUAUUAUUUUUGGAGCUAUCUAUCUGUUUUAUUUCCUGCAAAAUGUUUUCUGUGUAAAUAUUGUACAGUUCUUGACUCUCAAAUUCUCGAUUCUUCUGUACAUUAAUUACCUGUAUUUGACAAAACAAAUAAAACAUUAAAAGAAUGAAAAUGAUGGGAAAACAGAA